GCAAACACAGAGUUCUCUCUGCGCGGUGGAGCCUGUGCACGCAAAUUGUGAUAAUAGUUUUUUUUUUCCCCUCUUAAAUAAAUAAUCAAAUUUUGUUACCGCCACUCGGGAGAGAAGAGUAAUCCGAUCUCUGUACCACGCGGGACACACGCAUUCGUAACCAUGAGGACGUACUACGUGAUAGCUGCCAUUCUGAUCGCCGGCACAACCGCCCAAGAAUCGUUCAAAUGCCCAGACGAUUUUGGUUUCUAUCCUCAUCAUAUAUCCUGCGACAAAUAUUGGAAAUGCGAUAACAACGUCGCGGAAUUGAAAACUUGCGGUAACGGACUCGCCUUCGACGCAAGCGACAGCAAGUUCCUCACUGAAAAUUGCGACUACCUCCACAACGUAGAUUGCGGAGACAGGACACAGCUCGAACCAGCGAUUAGCACGCCGCAUUGUCCUCGCCUCUACGGUAUCUUCGCCGACGAAAAGAAAUGCGACGUAUUCUGGAAUUGCUGGAACGGAGAGGCUUCCAGAUACCAGUGCAGUCCUGGACUCGCUUACGACCGUGAAGCCAGAGUCUGUAUGUGGGCCGAUCAAGUACCUGAAUGCAAGAACGAAGAGGUCGCAGGAGGUUUCACGUGUCCGGCCGCGGGCGAAGUGAGCGGAGCAUCCGGCAGCUUCAGCAGACACGCCCAUCCUGAGGACUGCAGAAAAUAUUACAUAUGUCUGGAAGGUAUCGCUAGGGAAUACGGUUGCCCGAUCGGAACUGUCUUCAAGAUCGGCGACGCCGAUGGCAGCGGUGCCUGCGAAGACCCCGAAGACGUCCCUGGAUGUGAGGAUUACUACGGUGACCUGGAUCUAAAGAGCAUCAGGAAGAGCGAGCUGCUUGCCGGAAUUCAAAAUUCAGGCGAGACCAGGAAGCCUCCUCAAGGCAAACCAAGGCCCCCAUCGGCACCUGCGAGGCCCAACGCACCCCUUCAAGAAUAAUUUCUAAUCUAUCUCCCCUCUCUUGAUUCCCCCAUCUGGUCCCUCUCAUCUUCUUUCCUCUCCUCUCCUCUCCUCCUUUCUUCACCUCUUUCACGUUUCACCAUUCUCCAAAUACCCUUACCAGAACUCUCCUUCGCCUACUUUUCUAUUACACCACACAUAUGCAGAAACAAUGACACACGCGUAUACAGACAUAAACACACCUAGCCGAACAGAACAAUCUCGAACGAACGAUCCUGAUGUUCGAUAUUUCGAAAUAUAUAUAAUAGCGCCAGGAGCCAAAAGUGUUAAUCGGUUACGUUCGUUUCUUGCGUUCCCAUUCGAGCCAAAUUUUUCUACAUACGUACGACCGACCUCUGUAUAUCCGGUUAUAGCUUCGUAUUCGAUGAUUUGACUCGGAUCCCGGAGGAAUUGCACGAUUAGAAAUCCGUGAGAUGUUUCUUCCGAGGACUGAGGAGUAGCGAGGAGAGUAAAUGUCAAAUUCCUGCACUCGCGUUGACGUUCAUCCGUGUGCCUCGAUGCCGACGCGAUGGCAACGCGCGAUUAGCUAGUAAUUCUCCACGCGUUGCUUUUAAGAAACGUUCAACCGAACAAUAUUAUUGCCAAUAUCAUUGUCGAUAUUUAAGGUUCUCAACAUUGUAUUCACAGUAUAUAUUGAUCGUCUAGAGGAUCUCUUCCGCACGAUAACGUCAAGAACCUCAAAUAUUGACAAUAAUAUUGACGAUAUACUGAUCGUCUGAAUGCUCCUUUACAGUUCUUGUUCUCGGUCGUGUAAUUAUUUAAACAAGGAAUUGCAUCGGAUAAUAUGGUGGAAAUGAUUAAAGGACUGAUCUUACCUCCGUCAACGCGUGGAAAAGUAAUUAAAAUCUACGAAUAUCGUCUAUCUAUCCUCGAUGUUUGCCCAUCUUCGUUCCGCAUCAGGCACCUCGAUGAUCAAAAUUGAGACGCGUAUUCUAUAUAUUGAAAUUCGAAUUGAUAAUAAUUCGAGUGACAAUCGUAUCGUCUCAUCGAUAACUUCUAUCAUUCUUUCUUGCCUCUUAUCAUCAUUUAGCCACUUUGUUUCUCCUUCGUAUUUGCUGUUCACACCCCCUUCGCUAUCGUAAGACAUACGAUUUAAAACGGAAACGGCGGCAAGCUCGUUAAUCACGAUCUGUGUAUCGUCUAAAUCGCAACAUGUUCACUGAAUCUGAUUCUGAGAAACGGAAAUUCGAUGAAAAAGUUCAGUGGAUGAGGAGUUCUUUUUUCGAAAUUUUCUCAAUUCGAGCUUACCUCCACACACUCUUGGCCUCGGUCAAGUAUGCUUGCGUAAGCUAGACUCGUCCGUAUAUUUUUAAGUAAUGUGAAAAAUUCGUAAAAUAAAAGGAACAAAAAUUCGUAAAAAAAAAA